UGAUGCUUCCAUCAAGCAAUAAUCAUUCUCCACGGAGACUAUUUUAGUACUUUCACGUCUUGCUAGAGUCUCCAAAUCUCAUUUGGAUGGUGUUGCGGAGCGUACAACGAGAGUGGUGCUUUCCUGAAAACAAUUCACAGUGGAAAACAAUAUUACAAGUCAUAAUAAUUGUUACAUUUUCACUCGUCACAAUGUUGCUGGUAGUGAAUGCUGAUGACGUGGGCUAUGCGGAGCGACGUGAUGAUGGCAUCUUUUGCACCCUACAGCAGAAUGCUGGAAUCGUAACCAGUGUGAGUCUGAUGGUCAAUGGACAGUCUGCAGUCAGCGCAGGCAAGAGACUCGUUGCAAUGGAAAAUCGUGUUGAUGUUGGCCUGCAUGUGAAUUUGACUGAAGGUACUCCAACAGCUCCAUCACAUCAAGUACCGACUCUCCUGGAGGGCGGAUACUUCCUGGGCAAGAUGGGAUUCCGCACCGCCCUGCGAGAAGGAAAAAUAAGCCUUGACCAGGUUCGGCAGGAGAUCGCAGCUCAGUUUGAAAAGUUCCACCGUCUCCUAGGCUACCACCCUCACCAUGCCGACGGCCACCAGCACAUCCAUGUUCUGCCAGGCGUUCGUGAUGUGUUUGCCAGUGAGCUACACAAGCAUAGUGUUCACUGGACUCGCUUGCCUAUAGAGCCACACAUUACACAUGCCUGCUGGGUGUCCACCGCACGCAGGCAGUUCUACCAGCAGAUAACCGAUGACGCUCGGCAGAGCCUUGCCGUCUUCGCGUCUCACGGCAUCGCCUCCACCCGCCAUUUUGUCGGCAUGGCGACCAUGGGCGCCGACAUGCUGGUGUCACGCAUCGUGUCCGAGAUCAGGCAAGUGUCACGUGACCCGCAGUGUACGAGUACUCCGUCGGCGACUAUUGCAUCACAUGAAGUGCCGUGUGCCGCUGCUGUAUCACCCCCUGUUAGGACUGGAGAAUCGCAACAGGAAUCCGUUUCACCGUCAUCGUCGUCCUGCACUGUGGAGCUUAUGGUACACCCUGGCUACGCCCUGAUGGCAGGCGAGGGUGGCUGCGGGCAGGGGCCAGAUGAUUUUGCACAGAGCGCUGACCGCGAUCACGAAGUCUCCGUGCUGUGUGAUGCUGAGCUGCGUCGGCAGUUGUGUGAUGACUUGCAGGUACAACUGGUGAGAUGGUCACAGCUAUCAGUUACACAGGCCACCAUGGCUGAUGCUGAUCCUGUCGCUGCUGCUACGUAGCUACCCAAGCUGAUCCAGGUCACGUUACUUCAGAAAUGAACAGUCGAUGCCGUGCGUUUGGCUUGCCAGUGUGCAUACUGCAGAGAUUGGCGUUCUGAUAUCCUGUCUUUAGAGUAGUCACGGCGAAUGGUCCCACUCCGACCCUGGCGCUGUAUUUCUGAUGUAAUGUGACCAGGGCCGAGUUCUCUUCUCUCGCUCGUCGCAUUGCAGUGUGAGCGCCUGCGACCGAUGACCUCGCCAUCAUCAUAAUUAUGCUCAUUGUCAGCAGCAGGCGCAGCAGCUGCUGGCCAGGUUUUGUUGGAACCGGGCGGUGGCCGGUGCACCAGAUCCUAUUCGGUAAUACGUAGUAGCUGAUGCCCAAUGCAAGGACAGUCAAUCCAGAGUACAGAAAGUCACUCCUAACUCUCGCUCAGAGUUUGUUCAAUUGUGUCAAUCAUUCAUAGGGUUCCCUGUAAUAAGAAGACACCGUCUGUAGGGUUCCCCUGUUAAAAUCAUAAAUACUACUACUCCGCAGCGACAUCCGAAUUCUGUAGGGUCAGCCUCGGUGAUCAGAAUACUUGCACUGUUUGCAGUGACAACUCUGCAAGCUUGUAAUUUGUUCCGGUGGAUGUUUGAGGAUAUUAUUGCCGACAUAUUAAAGCCAUGAUAUUUAUCCCCGCUUCCUUGGCGGGGACUUUUGGAUAAGGAAUUUGCAGUGCCCAAUUUUGGUCCAAUUUUAUUUUCUUCUUAUUUACUUUUUUUACUGUCACAAACCGCUGAAGCGAUUCAGUUUUCCAUAGUUUCUGUUGUGAAACCCACCUGUUGGCAGGUCUUUUUUUAAAACUUGAUUCAAAUCUUUAUACGGUACUCCGAGAACAUGGAAUCAUUGAUCUUGUGGAGCUGUCUAGGAAUUCUUGAUUUCGUCAUCAAUGUCACGUCACACUGGUGAAGACAAUUGAAUUAUACUAACUUUAGUGCACUGUAAGAAUGUUGCCACUUC